AUGGAACCGACAUUGCAACCGAAGCAGUAUCCCGUAAAGGAACAAGGUACCUCCGCACCUGGUUGGGGUACGACCAAUUUUCAGGGUAGCGAAUGCGAGUUUCUACGUGAUUAUACUGACAACGGCCUAUGUCCUGUUUUGAUUGAUGAUGUGCUUAGUGGCUCAGACUUGAUUGAUAAAGGAAAGUCAUGUUCCUUUAGGAUCAUUGGAAAGCUGGGAAGAGGAUCUUAUUCCACUGUUUGGUUGGGAAGAGACAUUAAUUCUGGUGAAUACCUUGCCCUCAAAGUUCUACGACUUGAAUAUAGCACUCCAGACAACUCUGAGAUGAGCAUUUUACAGAGACUUGGAAAACUUGAGGUUGCCUUUUUCCACACCCAUGUCCCCACACAAGAUCAAUUCCUCUGUCUUGGUCUAAAGCCACUUGGGUGUACUCUUCGGGAGAGGUUUAAUUCUGGAGUUGAUGCACCUAGUGAUAUUCCUUCUCUCACCAUAUUAGUGAGGACACUCUUGAUGAAGGUGCUUGCUUUUCAUCAGAUGGGAAUAUGCCAUGGUGAUAUCAGCCCCAAUAAUAUAUCCCUAGGGAUACAUCCUGAAGCUUUUAUGGAUGAAGCUCUAUUUAAGACUUUUCAGUACGAUCGAAAAUCUUAUGUUAUACUUCAGAAUGUUUCAGAUUUGAAUACACCACCUCCACGCCCAGGUAAUCUGCCUGAGUAUAUCAUUCUCCGUUAUGGGACUCCUCUGAAAACAAAUGCACAAGAUAUGUCGCUGGUUGAUAUAAUUGAUUUUGGCAAAGCGUUUGACAUGCCUUCAAAAUCAAAUGUCCUUGGGACAGAAAAUUACAGCGCACCAGAGCUGGAGCGUACCGGUGCAAAUACUGCGACUGUGAAGUCUGAUCUUUGGAGUCUAGGCUGUGUGUUGGCAUAUGCAACAACCGACUCGCAUCUAUUUGACAUGAAAACCGAUCUAACAGAUUAUCUUGUGCAAGUUGACCCGAAAGAUCGUGAUCCGGAAGCCGCCAAGAAAUAUCUCAAAGCUCUUGAAGACUGGAGGCCCCGUAAUUAG